CACUGGCAAUAGAAGUCCUCAGUAGAGAACAGAAGAGGGUAAGACAAAGAGCUUCUCGUUCUCGCCACAAAGCUUCAUUCUCGUUGAGCUUCAGAUUAAGCUUUCUCAUUUUCCUUACUUCUCACUCAAAUUUUUUUCAUUCUUCUUCACCAAUACUCAUAUUUUCCCUUUCCCAUUCCUCAAGGGUUCGCAGAACCCCUAAAUAAGCCUCACCAUGGCUGAUUCCCGAGCAGGCAUCGUCAAAAGUAUCCGCUUAGAGAACUUCAUGUGUCACAGCAACUUGUAUAUUGAAUUUGGCGAGUGGCUCAAUUUCAUUACUGGGCAGAACGGAAGUGGUAAGAGUGCUAUACUGACUGCUUUAUGUGUUGCAUUCGGCUGCCGAGCUAAAGGAACCCAAAGGGCAGCGACGUUGAAGGAUUUUAUUAAAACUGGUUGCAGUCAUGCUGUCAUUCAUGUUGUAUUGCAAAAUAAUGGGGAGGAUGCUUUCAAGCAUGGAAUAUAUGGUGAUGCUAUAAUCAUAGAAAGAAGGAUAUCGGAAGCCACCAGUGCCAUUGUUUUGAAGGAUUCUCAUGGAAAAAAGGUUGCCAGUCGGAGGGAUGAACUACGAGAGCUAGUAGAACAUUUUAAUAUAGAUGUUGAGAAUCCAUGUGUAAUAAUGAGUCAGGACAAAAGUAGAGAGUUCCUGCAUUCUGGGAAUGACAAAGACAAAUUUAAGUUCUUCUUCAAGGCAACUCUUCUUCAGCAAGUGGACGAUCUGCUGAAAAACAUUUUUGAUCAAUUGAGAUCUGCGAAUGCACUUGUUGGUGACUUGGAAUCUACCAUACGACCUGUAGAAAAGGAACUAAAUGAGCUGCGAGGAAAAAUUAAAAACAUGGAGCAUGUGGAAGAAAUCUCUCAACAAGUCCAGCAAUUAAAGAAAAAGCUUGCUUGGUCAUGGGUAUAUGAUGUAGACAAGCAGCUUCAGGAGCAAAGUGCAAAAAUAGGAAAGCUCCAAGAUCGCAUUCCUAUUUGUCGAGCAAAAAUUGAUCAUCAACUGGGUCUGGCAGAAAAAUUAAGAGAACGCUUUAUUGAGAAAAAGACUCAAAUUGCAAGCAUGAUGGAGAGAACUUCAGAAGUGAGAAGAAUGAAGGAUGAACUGCAGGAAACUCUUUCCUUGGCAACAAGAGAGAAGCUCGGACUUGAAGAGGAGCAUGGCCGUAAAGUAAACUACAUCCAAAAGAUGGUAAAGCGUGUUAGGCUGCUUGAGCAACAAGUUCAAGAUAUUCAUGAGCAGCACAUUAGAAAUACACAGGCUGAAGAAUCUGAAAUUGAGGAAAAGUUGAAGGAACUUGAAUCGGAGACUGAAGCUGCUAAGUCAACAGUAAUGAGGUUAAAAGAGGAGGAGAAUGCCUUAAUGGAGAGUCUAUACAGUGGGAGAAAUGAAAUAAAAAAGAUUGCUGAAGAGAUUGAAAGUUAUGAGAAAAAGCAUUAUGAAUUUUCUCACUCAAUUCGAGAGCUAAGGCAGCAUCAAACCAACAAGGUCACAGCUUUUGGAGGUGAUAGAGUCAUUCAAUUAUUACGUGCAAUUGAGAGACAACAUAAAAGAUUCAAGAAACCUCCCAUUGGUCCAAUUGGUUCCCAUCUGAAUUUGGUCAAUGGUGACAUGUGGGCUCCUGCUGUUGAAAGUGCCAUUGGGAGGUUGCUCAAUGCUUUCAUUGUGACUGAUCACCAAGAUUCUCUUCUUUUGAGAAGAUGUGCAAAUGAAGCUAAUUAUAGGCAACUCCCAAUUAUCAUCUAUGACUUUUCAAGACCAGUGUUAAAUAUUCCAGCUCACAUGCUUCCUCAAACAAAGCACCCGACAACCCUUUCAGUCGUUCAUUCUGAAAACCAUACUGUCAUCAAUGUUUUGAUAGAUAAGGGUGAUGCUGAGAGGCAAGUGCUUGUUAAAGAUUAUGAUGUGGGUAAAUCAGUAGCAUUUGACCAACGUAUCUCAAACCUCAAGGAGGUCUUUACAUUAGAUGGAUACAAAAUGUUUUCUCGAGGUUCUGUUCAGACAAUUCUUCCCCCAGUUAGAAGACCCAGAAGUGGCAGACUUUGUAGUUCCUUUGAAGACCAAAUUAAAAGUCUUGAAAAAGAUGCAUUGAAUGUAAAGCAAGAAGCUGAACAAUGUAGGAAGAGGAAGAGACUUUCAGAAGAACAACUCCGGGAUCUUGAAGACAACCUAAGCAAUGCGAAGAGGAAGUGUCGGAGUGCGGAACGGUUUUUUAUGUCCAAAAAUUUGGAGCUGCAAGAUUUACGGAAGUCUCAAGUUGCUGAGGCUAGUUCAUUGCCUUCAUCAAAUGUGGAUGAGCUUCAUCAAGAAAUUUCUAAAAUUGAAGAGGAGAUACAAGAGAAUAAGUUGCUUCUGGAAAAGUUUCAAGUUAGGAUGAAAGAAGCGGAAGCAAAGGCAAAAGAUCUUAAAGUAUCAUUUGAGAAUCUCUGUGAGUCAGCAAAAGGAGAAAUUGAUGCAUUUGAAGAAGCUGAGAGAGAUAUGUUGCAGAUUGAACGAGAACUGCAUUCUGCAGAAAAGGAGAAGGAUCAUUAUGAAGGUAUUAUGACUAACAAGGUCCUUUUUGAUAUUAAAGAGGCAGAGAGACAAUAUGAGGAGUUUGAGCGCCAUCGUAAGGAGAGCUACAGUAAGGCUUCAAUAAUAUGUCCUGAGAGUGAAAUUGAGGCUUUAGGUGAUUGGGAUGGGAGCACACCUGAACAACUCAGUGCACAAUUAACAAGGCUAAAUCAGAGACUUAAUAACGAGACCAGACGAUGUUCUGAAUCUCUUGAAGACCUGAGGAUGAUGUAUGAGAAAAAGGAGCGUACAAUUAUAAGAAAACAACAGACUUAUAAAAGUUUUAGAGAGAAGUUGGAUGCUUGCCAGAAAGCUCUUGAGCAACGGUGGAACAAGUUUGAAAGGAAUGCUAGUCUUUUGAAGCGCCAAUUGACUUGGCAAUUUAAUGGCCAUUUAAGAAAAAAAGGGAUCAGCGGACAUAUAAAAGUUAAUUACGAGGAAAAGACCCUCUCAGUUGAGGUGAAGAUGCCCCAAGAUGCAUCCAGCAGUUCUGUUCGUGAUACCCGUGGACUUUCAGGUGGAGAACGAUCAUUUUCAACACUAUGCUUUGCUUUGGCGUUACACGAUAUGACUGAAGCCCCAUUUCGAGCAAUGGAUGAAUUUGAUGUGUUUAUGGACGCUGUAAGUCGGAAAAUUAGCUUGGACACUCUUGUGGAUUUUGCAUUGGCACAAGGCUCCCAAUGGAUAUUUAUAACGCCGCAUGAUAUUGGCAUGGUAAAACAAGGAGAACGAAUCAAGAAGCAGCAAAUGGCAGCUCCUUGAUCAUGAUGUUCUUGCUGGUGAGAGCUCAAUCUGUUCAACGAUUUCUGUAUGAUUCCCAUCUUUUUUUGUUCCAAUAUAUUUUCAACUUAUUCAUCCUUCUGGAUAAUUUACCAUCUUUUAUGUAUAUUCUCCAUAUUCAAACCAAUUGUAGAAUUAACGGUCAUAUCUAUGAGAAAGUAGAGAAGGACAAUUAAUAGGUGAAAGGCAAAGAAACGCUCUUUUUGUAUAGGCUUAAUGUAUGAUGUACUCAACAUGGUUAUAAUAGAAGUAGCUAUUUCGGGAAA